AUGCCUAGCAGAAUGGGCUCAAAAAUUGAUUUGAACAAAGACUUCAUCAGAGUAAAAACACACUACAGUGGGGACAUCCUGAUAACAAACUUGGAUGCAUCAAUGAGCUAUGAUGAGCUGUGUGAUGAAGUGCAUGAGAUGUGUAAUUUACAACAGGAACAGCCAAUUACCCUCAAGUGGAUUGAUGAUGAAGGUGACCCAUGUACCAUCUCAUCUCAGAUGGAACUGGAAGAAGCCUUCCGUUUGUAUUGUCAGAACAGAGAUGAAGGACUGAUUAUUCAUGUUUUCCCAAGUAUUCCAGAGAAACCCGGCAUGCCUUGUCCAGGAGAAGACAAAUCAAUCUACCGCCGUGGAGCCAGAAGAUGGAGGAAGCUGUACCGAGUGAAUGGGCAUUUGUUUCAAGCCAAACGUUUUAACAGAAGAGCGUAUUGUGGCCAGUGCAGUGAAAGGAUAUGGGGUCUCGGAAGGCAAGGCUACAAGUGUAUCAACUGCAAAUUGUUGGUCCAUAAACGUUGUCAUAUACUUGUUCCACUGACCUGCAAAAGGCAUAUGGAUUCGGUCAUGCCUUCCCAGGAACCUCAGUUAGAUGAUAAAAAUGAUGAAGUUGACCUCCCUUCAGAAGAAACUGAUGGAAUUCCCUACAUUCCUUCAAACCGGAAACAUGACAACAUCAAAGAUGACUCUGAGGAUAUCAAACCAGUCAUUGAUGGAAUGGAUGGAAUUAAGAUUUCUCAGGGUCUUGGACUACAGGACUUUGAUUUAAUCAGAGUUAUCGGACGUGGAAGUUACGCCAAAGUCCUUUUAGUUCGGUUAAAAAAGAAUGAUCAAAUUUAUGCUAUGAAAGUAGUGAAAAAAGAAUUGGUCCAUGAUGAUGAGGAUAUUGAUUGGGUACAGACAGAGAAACAUGUGUUUGAACAGGCAUCCAGUAACCCAUUCCUAGUUGGUUUACAUUCAUGCUUUCAAACAACAAGUCGAUUGUUUCUUGUCAUAGAGUAUGUAAAUGGGGGAGAUCUUAUGUUUCAUAUGCAACGGCAAAGGAAACUUCCUGAAGAACACGCAAGGUUUUAUGCUGCUGAAAUUUGUAUUGCUCUAAACUUCCUACAUGAAAGAGGCAUAAUCUACAGAGAUUUAAAACUAGACAAUGUUCUUCUAGAUGCAGAGGGUCAUAUCAAAUUAACAGAUUAUGGCAUGUGCAAGGAAGGUUUGGGCCCUGGUGACACUACAAGCACUUUCUGUGGGACACCAAAUUAUAUUGCACCAGAGAUCCUCAGAGGAGAAGAAUAUGGGUUCAGUGUGGACUGGUGGGCUCUCGGUGUGUUGAUGUUUGAAAUGAUGGCAGGAAGGUCUCCGUUUGAUAUUAUUACUGACAAUCCAGACAUGAACACUGAAGAUUACCUCUUCCAAGUUAUCCUUGAGAAGCCAAUCCGGAUUCCAAGGUUUCUUUCUGUCAAGGCUUCCCAUGUGUUAAAAGGAUUUUUAAACAAGGAUCCCAAAGAAAGGCUUGGUUGUCAGCCGCAGACAGGAUUUUCUGAUAUCAAGUCUCAUACAUUUUUCCGCAGCAUAGACUGGGAUCUGCUGGAAAAGAAGCAAGCAACCCCUCCAUUUCAGCCUCAGAUCACAGACGAUUAUGGUCUGGAUAACUUUGAUACACAGUUCACCAGCGAACCUGUGCAGCUAACCCCAGAUGAUGAAGAUAUAAUAAAGCGAAUAGAUCAGUCAGAAUUUGAAGGAUUUGAAUAUAUUAAUCCAUUGUUGCUGUCAACAGAAGAAACGGUAUGAAGGAGUGACAUCUUUGUUGUGGACAAUGUGAAUGACGUUUUAAAUUUAUCCUUAACUACAGUAUAUGCAUGCGAGGCUGGGGAACUGUAAGAUUUUGGACGGAGACCAAUGAUUUAAAAAGACAAAACAAAAAAUUUGCUGCUGAAAAUCAAAGAAGAGAAUAAUGAUUUUGGUGGGUGUCUUCUGCCACUUAGUGAUUCUUAAUUUCUGGGCACUGACACAGCUGGCUUCAUUAAUGAAGGAAUUUGCAUUUUGUGCCUGUUUCAUGAAGGAUUGAAAUGUUCAUUGCAUCCCUGGAAAAGGAGAUACUGAAAGACUUUGAGAUCCACAUACUUUCUACAAACACUUGAUGCAAUGAGCUACCAAUUGAAGAAUAUUACAGUGUAACAUCCUGAAGAAUAAAAUAUAUUACGGUGGUGUUGAAGCUUA